AUGAAGCCAACGACAAUAAAAUAUAGAAGCAAAGGUGUCACAGCUGGUCCUAAGACAAAAAAUGUAGCAAUAUCACCGUUUCUUGUACCAGUUAAAAACACAUCAACUUCACCUAUUAAAACCGCCCAGAUUGCCGGUAUGAAAAGGAAGUUAUUCCCGGAUACAAAACCAACAGACGAUUUAUCUAUUACAUCGCAAUCUUCAUCAAUCUCUAGUGAGUAUGAACAAGAAACUACUUCUUCCGAAGCGAGUUGGUCUCAAGAUAACAAGGACAGACAAUUUCGAAACGUAAUGCGUAGUUCAACAUUGACCGCUGUAGAAAAAGAGCCUAAAAUGAUGUUAGGACUGCCUAAUGACAGUUACCAUUUGAUAAAACUAUUAAGUGAUAAUAUCCCAGUUCCCACUAUUGACAUUUUAAUAACCUUGAAGAAAAUAAAGUUAAAUGAAUCAUUUGACAUAUUAACUAUACAAUUUGGCUAUACACAGAGCACUAUAAGUAGAAUAUUUUCGAAAACAGUAAUUGGUCUAGCAGAAAAAAUGAGGGAGUUAAUUGUGUGGCCUAAACCAUCUGACAUAGUUAAAAAUUUACCUACCGCUUUUAGAGCAGGGUAUUCUAAAGUUUCAAUUAUAGAUUGCUUAGAAAUAGAAAUUGAAAAACCGUCCAAUGCAGUCCACCAGUAUCUGUCAUGGUCACAAUAUAAGAAAUGUAAUACUCUGAAAUGCCUUAUUUCUUGUACUCCAGAUGGCCCUUCCACCACAAAAGGAUAUGGUGGAAGGGCUUCUGACAUUAUUAUAGUAGAAAAUUGUGGCUAUCUAGAAUGUUUACCUCCAAACACAUCUGUUAUGACAGACAGAGGCUUCAAAGACUCGUCUCAUUUGAUAGAAAAUGAAAAAUGUACCCUUAUUCGGCCUCCUUCAGUGUUCAAGUCUACAGCAAGUACAGAAAAUGAGGUGAAGCAGUUCCAAACCAUAGCAGCAUUAAGAAUUCAUGUAGAGCGUGUAAAUAAACAGGUUAAGAGAAUUUCAUAUGUUGUUGCCUCAUGCAUGUGUACAUCACAGCUUAGUUCCGAUAGUAGAUGA